GUGAGCAGCGAUGGGCUCGUCUCUGGAGGAAAUCCAAUUGAUCACCUGAAAACCGUCCCACCCUUUUUAAAGCACACAUAAGACAGCCUGCUAACAACAGCUGGAGCGACUCUCUGACACAGUCACAGACACUUACAGGAUCUUUCUUCUGCUGGAGGAUUUCACUGGACUCAACUGGCAGAGGUGUAACGAGUGUGUUUCAGUUGAAUCUGAACUGAACUGGGAUAAAAAUGGGAAACGAGCAGUCCACCCAAAAAGGUGUAACCCAGAAUGGAAAAGUUCCCGAGAAGCAUGAAAAUGGAUCAGCGAACGGCGUCACUGCAAACAUCACAUCCACUGGAAUUGAGAUCAAUGUUAAUGGUGAGACCAAAUUCAACCAGAGGAACGAGGCCUUCAACCUGGACCUCGCCACGGAUUCCACAGAGCCGGACUUUGUGGUCGUGGACUCGACACCCGCUGAGCCCCAAGUGGUUCCUGAAAUCAUCGAAGCCGUUGUCCAGGUGGUGGAAGCCAAGAAGAGUAAAUCAGCUUUUGGCAAAAUGUUCAAGAAGAAGCCAGAACCUCCAGCUGUGGUUGUGAGGGUGGAACAACCAGAGAAGUCAAAUGAGGACGUAACGGACCAAAGUCCUGCUGCUGCUGAUCCAGAGCCGGAGACAGCGACAGCCGACCUAACGCCAGAGGCCCAAUCACCACCGGAGCCAGACUGUGGUGUGAGCGCCGACGCAGGACCGGAGGAGGACAACACUCCCGAGACUGACGCCAGUCAACCUGAGGAGAGCGACCCGGACGACAACCCAGUUAUGAACUUCUUCAAAACACUAGUGUCUCCCACUAAAACGUCCAAAAAGGAAACGGCCACUCCAGACGCCGCAAAAGACCAGUCCCAGCAGGAGACCCACCCAGCGGCAGCCACCACUACUGCACAAGUCUCUGAGCCGCCUGCAGCACCCAAAGGAAUGUCCAUCCCACCUCCUCCUCCUCCAGAGCCACCGAAGAUGGAAAUCAGGGGAGAAGCAGCUGCCAAACCUGCGAAGCCGACACCCAAAGACGAACCGAAGGCGGCUGCCAAGCAACCCGAGCCCUCGAAAGGAAAAGCUGCCAAAUCUGCUUUCGGCAAAUUCUUCCGUCCAAAGACUGUCCCAGACACUCCACCGGCAGCAGUGCACGUAGAGCUGCAGCCAGGUGUGGAAGAACAGGAGACACCUGAGGAGGCGGCAGAGGCUGUUGUAGAGGUCCAGGAGAAAGCCGAGGAGGUGGAACAGCCAGUUGUAGAGGAGCAGGUGGUAGAUGGAAAACCAGAGUCAGUGGAAGAAGUUGAGAAAGUGGAUCCCUCAAAAGCCGGCACCCUGGAGGCCGCCGCGAAGCCAGAGCCGCCGCCGCCUGUUCAGGAAGAGAAGAAGAAAACAGGCUCCAAAUCACCUUUCCUCUCUUUCUUCAAACCCAAAGCUGAGCCCAAGAAGGACACCCCCGCCCCGGCUGCCGCGGCAGCAGAGGCCGCUCAGACGGUCAAAGCCAAGGAGGAGCCCAAAGCAGCGGCCAAGUCCGUGGAGGUGGUCGUAGAUAACAAACAAGCUUCUGUGCAGGCGGCAGACGAUGCAGCCAACGUUCCCAAGAAACUGGAGAAGAGGAACUCCAUCGGCCUUUUCUUCAAAGGCUUCGGUGUGAAGCUUCACUCGACAGAAGCCGGAGUCCAGGCGGAGCCGGCCGUCGCUGCAGCAGCAGAGAAGACCAAAUGAACCAACAAUGAAGUUUCCUUGUACAGUUUCUCUCACUCCAUCUCCAUCUCCAUCUCCAUCUCUCUCUCUCUCUCUCUCUCUCUUCCUCUCUCUCUUUCUCAUCCCCCCCUUCAGGCUCUUUAUUUACUUUAACAACACUUUAUGUUACGGUUUGGAACGUGGCAGCAGGAGAGGGAAGGGACUAGAGGAUAAAUGGAUAAAAGCAAGUGAACAGUUGGAACUAGUGGCAGGUUGAACGUGAAUGUAUAUAUACAUAUAUAUAUAUAUAUAUAUAUAUUUGGUCAUAUAAAAUGUCUUGACAAGUAUCAUAGGGUGAGUGUGAAACCUUUUCCAAAGACAUUUAAUGUGACUUCGCUCUGAUUCCUACAACCUGAGGCGCCGGGAUUUUACGAAAAACACAAAACCACGCUUUGCUUUUACAGAUUAAUUUUGUCUGAAACGUUCAAAAUAAAACAUAUUGUCAUUUAGCUUCAUAGCAGAAACAAAUAAUCAUACAUGGAGGAGUUAAUGUGAUAAGAGCUUCGUCUAACAAACUGCACUUAUAGAUUUUAUUAAUCCACGAAAGCUACGUGUAAACUGAAGCACAUGCAGAAUCAUAAGGGGAAACCACAAUCUUUAGUGUGUCUGCAGGAAGCUGAUUUUUAAGUAUACAAAUGCAGCCGCGGUGGCAAAAUGGUGUCGUUGCGAAAUGUGUGUUGUUGUCGUGCUUACAGACGUCGUAGUCGUCAUAAAUCACAAGUAGCUUUUAAUUUGUUAGCAGCACUUUGUGUCGUGUCAUUAAACUGAAGUCUCACUGUGUGAUAUGUGCUCUUGUUUGCCUUUGUGUGUGCGUGUAUGUGUAACUUCAGUUUUCUCGAAGACAAUAAAUAUGUAUGUAAG